AGAUUUACAUAGUGUGUGCAAACAUUUCGGGCAGAAAUGCAAACACCAGGCUAGAAACGGUAGAUGCACAAUUUCUAUUGAUUUUUGUUUGUGAUCUCUGACAGAAACGAAGUAUGACGUGAUGACUGGCCAAAUGAGGGCCACACACUGAUACAGCUAAUGGACUGACUGGAAGAUUUAGUGAACAGAGGGUACAGAAUGUAGACAACAAGUGCGAUCCCUGACGUAGUAGUAAACUUGAAGGAUUGCAGGAGGCAGGAGACCGUCUCGAAGAUGAGUCUGGUCACUAGCCGUCCUAGCCUGGGGCCUCGUGCAGUAACCAUGGACUCCUGGACGAUCUCUCAAUCUCGCGGGCGGAAAAAGGCGCUGUCCUUGAAUCUCACAGACGUGUGUCGUCUGGCAGAAUUAGACAGAUUGAGAGAAUCCUGCAGGUCCAGGCGACACACAAUAGAAGAAAUACAUAUCAAACAAUUCUCUCCUCCCCCUAAGAACCUCCCCAAUAAGAACAGGUCACUCACAGAGCCCCAUGGAGCAAUGUUAUCCAAACGGGCAACUCCCGUCGACCAGAUCAUCAGGCGGCCGUCGGUGUCCGAGGGGGGAGAGAGAGUUGGACAAUUAACAUGUAAAAGAGCAGAAAGUGCCAUGUCCAUCGAAUCAAAACCAUCUGUUGGCGAGCUUCCCAGACAGUGUUGUGACGUUUUGGGUCCAGGACUUUGCCGUGAUUGCUCAAGAUUAUACAGAAGGCAUUUUAAUACACGGAAAUCUGCCCAUGCUUUCCCAAACUUGACCAUAUCUGCAAGGAAUUUGGCGACGACUACUAUAUUGAAAAAAUAUCUUCCUAAUAUGAGUCCUACCGAAAUACAGAAAAACGUUGCCAUGGAAUAUAUCGACGUGAAGCCAUUCAGUCCAAGAGAUUUAGUUUCAAGUAGGGAAUUGAGACAGGAGAGCUUCGCUAAUUCGGAAACAGGAGUACACAGACUCAAAAAUGUUGUCAAUGACGGCACAUCACUGACAUACUUUAACGGUAUCGCAGAUUUAAACGCGAAGAUUGUGUCAGGGAGAGUUCCGAGAAGAAUAGACUUAAUGACCGACGGGUCGCGCCCCAAAUCUAACAAACUCCGCCAAGAUAAAACCAUAUCUGAGAGACUGUUUCCGACUUUCGUCAGUACGAAAAAAGCUGUCGAUGUCGAAAAAUCGUUACACUUUACACCAUACUCUCCUCCUCUUCUAUCAGUGGAGCAACAGAAUGCGGAACCGUCUUUCUUCGCUGGGUCUGACCUAGAGUACACGCUGCCAGAGAGACUGCCAAGCAGGCUGUUUUCAGACACAGAUGAGGACGAGUACAAGUCCUGGGACUCUGGGUCUAUUGCCACGCCUUCACAAGGCAGUGCUCGCACGGAAAGGUCUUUACCUCUUAGCGUGCCGUCCACCCCCCAGGAAAGCAUGAAGCACCCACAGUAUGGGCUGAGUUCUUAGGCUUACGUUGUUACAUAUUGUGUUAGUCUUUUUAAGGUAUAAGGGUAGUUUACAUUAUAACAAAAUGAAGCAAAUUUUAUUAUUGAUAACCACUGAGUGAUUUUGACAUAUUAUGUUAAGAAAUUACUCUUCAUUAGUAGAAAAAAGGAUUUAAAUCUGAGAUCAUACACUAAGAAGGAAUACAUUGUAUAAUGGGUAGAGUUGGUGAUGGAACGGCUGAAUUUUAAAUGAUCCGUUUGGAUACAGUGUUUUUAAUGAAUGAAUGAGGGAAUGAAUGAGGAAAUGAAUGAAUAAAUGAAUGAAUAAGGUGAAGUUGACAAUGGCCAAAGAGAGUAAAAAAAUCAAAAUCUAAAAGGAUGCGUUUCAGUAUUUGCUCCUAUACCAUUGCACUAAAUAACAGGCUACCAUGUGCAUGCAAAUCAUAUAACUGGGCAAAAUGAUUCGUUAAUUAUUUUUAUAGUUGAUUAUUAUUAUU